AUGCAACCGACAGUGAGUGUAGUCAUGGACAAACCAAUGCCCGCAUUCUAUUGCUGUUACCUGUUACGAUCCAAAAAUCACAAGUCCUACUAUAUCGGCUCCACGCCGAACCCCGCCAGGCGACUCAGCCAGCACAAUGGGGACAGCAAGGGCGGCGCAAAACGAACGUCAAUGCAGGGGAUGCGGCCCUGGGAAAUGACAUGCACAGUCACAGGCUUUCCCUCCAAGUUUGCCGCGCUCCAGUUCGAAUGGGCCUGGCAGAACACACACUUGACUCGCCAUAUCCAGAGAGAUGUUCGAGUUGCUCGCAUCGAGGAGAUGCAGAGCCGGGGAAAGAAAACAACCGGUUCGCCAUCGAAACCCAGAGCACGGCCACCCAUGUCACUCAAAGCCAGGCUCGAGAAUCUACACUACUUGCUUAGGGUAAAGAGCUUCGUGCGCUGGCCGCUGCAGGUCAGAUUCUUUGCGCCCGAUGUGUUCACGCUUUGGGAGACCUACACGACAAAGAUGACGCCGAGGCUGCGGGGCAGCAUUUUGAUCCAGCUUACACCCGCGGAGCUACCAAUUGCAACACCUAAACCAACAGCAGAGAGUCAGGUGAUUGGGAUACCUAGUGUCAUUCAAGCAAUUCCCGUGGCAUACGAGGAUUGCAAGAUGCACGUUGAAAAGUCGAAGGCUUUGGUUGAAGAUGGGAAGACAUCUCGAUGUGGAGUAUGCAGAGAUCAAUUGCAUCCCUCGAAAUCACUGAUUCUCAUUUGCCCGGUAGGCUCAUGCCGAUUCAUAUCUCACAUGAGCUGCCUUUCGAGAAAAUUUCUUGCGGAAGAAGGAGUUCCAUUCUCUCUGGUCCCGAUCCAAGGUACCUGUCCCAGAUGCCGAAGUCCUCUUGAAUGGUCCACAUUGGUCAAGGAGCUCAGUCUCCGCACUCGCGGCCAGAAAGAACUUGAAGCCCUCUUCAACCCAAAGCGGCCAAAGAAAGUAGGCAGCGUCUCCGAGUCAGACUCAGUCGCACCACUAGAUUUCGAGGGCGAGGAUGAGUUGGAGGACACCUGGAUACAGGAGAUUGAUGAUGAGGAUGAUGACUUCGACUCACUGGAGGCCAAGCUCGAUAUGGUGGUGGCAAAGAAACCGCUAAAGCCUAAUGAUGGAUGUCUAUGUAAAUAG